AUGCCAACAAACAGCAGCACGGAAAGCAUCAAUAACUCUAGUAAUCAUCAUUCAUCUCCUUCUUCAAUCAAAUCUACUCCACGAAUCCAUCAUCAAAUUUCAGCAACAUCGGUAUCACCUGGAAACUACAGAAAGCCCAAAAAGCUCCACAUUCUCAACAAGAUGGAACGAGAACGAAGAGAACAAAUUGAGAGAUUGAAACAAAGCCAACAACCAAUUCCAGUAGCAACAACAACUCAAUCAGCUACUCUUUCAAGCAAGUCUCUUUCUGAAUCCAUGACUAGGCUCUCUCUUGAUUCAUCAGCAGCAGCAAGUUUGCUUUCUUUUGCGCAUGGCAACAACAGCAUCAACUCUCAAGACCCUGAUUCGUCCAGUCCUCAACAAGCAAAGAGCGAAGAUAAAACUACUUGUCAUGAGCACCCUUUCAAAAAUUCCUCUUCUUCUCAACAACCAUUACGACCAAUUCCCAUCCAUCCUUCCACGUUCAAUAACAAUACUCUUAAUGUAAAGAAUAAUAACAACACGUCCACCCAUUCAUCCUCUAUCGUUUCAUUGAGUAGCUAUGAUUCAUCGAUUGUAAAGACUAAUUCCUCACUCAUGAUCACUCCAUCCAUUCCAAAAACUCCUCAAUCUCAAAAAACAAAACAAUUUUUCAAGCGAAAGAUUAUUUCACCAAUGCAAAACCCUUCUCUUGUCAAUCAAGAAGAUGACGCAGAAGAUUUAACAGAUAUUUCUAAGAGAUUGGCAUUUGAUCAAAAGAAUGUCGUUACUAAGACGCGUCCCUCCAUUCCACAACCUCCAUCAUUGAAUUCUCUUACUUCUGAACCUCCCCUCUCAACACCUGAAAAAAGAUUAACCAAAAGAAUGACUCUCCACAAGAAAACUAGUGUUACCAAAGCUCCAGAUGUACCUUGCUCUCUCAAAUUUGUUUUUUAA